AUGCUUCCAACAGUUACACUCAAAUGUGACGCGUUUAUUUAUUUAUUUUUUGAAUCUUUGUUUGACUUUUUUUUGCAAGCCGAAGGCCUUUAUUCCUCUUCCCUUUCUCUUGUUUGUUUUUAUUUUCACAGUCACAGCGAGAGCGUCUGUGGGAAAAUUUUGCCGAUUUUCGUGGAAGCAGCAGCAUCGGUGGCAAUGGGGAGAAGAGCACGUGAUCAAAAUUGUGAGAUUUCCGCCAGUGUCAGCCGUGUCGAGGGCACGAUAGGCAUCAGCAGUGAAUUUGUGGAAACAGACAGUCGGAAUGGGGGGCUUCCAGGGAAGGAGAUGGACUUACAGCGUCGCACGCGAAAAUUGCGGGAUGAGGAAGCAGUAAGUGCCUUCACGACGCCCAAGGAAGGGAAAUUAGCGACCGCGGGGGAGUGCAAGCAAAGAAAUAAGCAAUCUAAUAGUAACAGACCGCAGGGGCGGCAGCGUCCAGGGCCGGGGAUUCGUAGUAUGGGUGAUGAAGGCGCCGGCGCUGGUGGCAGCAUCGACAAUUUUAGUGGUGAUGCUACAGCAGGUGAUAGAAAAGUAAAUAGACCCACCCGCAAAGGCUCAGACGCGGGCACGCAACGUUCCUCCAUUUUCCACUCGCUUGCUUUUUUGGGGGCGCGAAUGGACUGCAAGCAGAAGGAUGUUAUUGCCGCCGAUGGUGGUGGUGGUGUGGAGGGGGGCGAGAACGGCGGAAAUCAACCCAAUUCGGUUUCUCCUGGCACAACGCAGCCUGAUUGUUUAUUUGAUGACGCGAUUGAAGGGGAGUCGAGUGUACAAGAAGAAAAUGGGCUGAUGGGCGAGGAGUUCUUGCGAAUUAUUCAGUCACCGCAGAUGCGUGGGUUGGGUGGGGAGCUGCAGGCAGAGGCCGCGCGCCGUGCUCGACGGGAGAAGGUGCAGGCAGCGGAGAAUCGUCAGCAGCGAUCAUUGAGACGGCUCCAGCUCGUGGAGGAGAUGUUUGCAAAGGCGCUCGAGCGUCGCAUGAAGGCCAUGCAGAGAAUUGCGGCCGAUCCACCGGCCGAUCGUCUGAUUGGCAACCAUGCAAUGCAACACAUUCCUGUAUCGAUGCUGCCAGGUGAGUUGAGGCGGACCGCACUGGCGUUCAUGGACGGUGUCACGAGGGACGUGAAUAGCACCGCCGGCACUGUUCCUUUUGCCGCGGACAAAAACGAGAUAUCCCGGAAGAAAUUCUUCCUCACGGAUGUUGACGAGGCUGCGGCGGAGGAGCAGAAAAAGGAGCCCACCGACGCAAUUAAUGCGGGGGUUGGAUUGCAGCAGACAGAGGAGGAGAAGACGAACUUUCCGAACCUCAAUGGGAUGGAAGAGGAGGAACUUCUCCGAAAGUGGCGUGAGUUGGGUUAUACUGCCGUGUACCUGCCGGCGACGGGGAGGUUGGUUUAUCCGGGCGAGAGUUCUGUUAGAAAUCGAAGCUCCAAGAAACCGUAUGUGCCCGACAGAUGGAUGUCAAGGCAACCAUUACCACCAGUUCAUCUAGUGCAGAGAAAACUACCGCCCGAAUUUAUUUUGCUACAUGGAGGGACGAAAUCCGUUGGAAGACGCCGGCCGCUGCCAGUUGUCUGCCGUUCUGGCAAGAAUUAG